GUGCUGCAAACAGCGGAAGUGCAUGCUUUUCAAAGUAAAGCACAUUGAAAACAGAAUAAAUGUCGUCCACGAUUUAGUUAUUGAUUAUAUCCUUUCUUACUAUUUCUUUUCUUUGCCUACCAAUGGACCCUCAGUCCAUUGCUGGUUCUAAGUCCGGUUUUCCUGAGCUGAGCCGCUAUAUAAAAAAAUAUCGAUCUCGCGAGACAGAACGACAUAAAACGAGACCUUGGUCAACGAAUCAAAGCGUUGUUUAUGUAUUGUAUUUUGAGGUGGCAAACUGCUAAUUUGCAAGUUACAAAUCCCUUGUAGUAUAGCGAGUGUCACUCGGCUGAAGGACGACAUUAUUGUGCUUUUUUUGAGUGACUGAAUCACAAUUCAGUCACAGUUGGUCACACGGCGCCUCCGUGUCCUUCAACGUUUCACAUGGCAUCUCAACCAGGCAUGCCCGACACAUUGGAGCUGGCGAACGACAAAUGGAGACUAAAUCACGUCACGGGAGAUCUGUUCUCGUGUCCCGUGGACGAGGCUGUAGCUCACUGCAUUAGCGAGGACUGCCGCAUGGGGGCAGGCAUCGCAGUCAUAUUCAAGCGCAAGUUCGGAGGGGUCGAGGAGCUCAAGGCACAGAAGAAGCUGAUGGGACAGUGUGCUGUACUGAAGAGAGGGAAACGUUUUGUGUACUAUCUGAUCACCAAGAAGAAGGCGAGCCAAAAGCCAACCUAUGACAAUUUGAGACAGAGCUUGGAGGACAUGAGAGCACACUUAUUGGCUGUGGCCUGGAUCGACUCAAUUGGGAAAGAGUUUCAGCGAUGCUGGAAGAGAUCUUUGAACCUGCACAUAUUUCUCUUACAGUCUACAGCCUCCCUGUGAAAGAAGAGACCUUGGUGAUGAAGGAGAACACAAAUAGAUAAUGUUUUGCAGUUCCUGUGUUUGAGUUUUUAUAAUAGUUGACCCUGAUAUUAAAGGAUAAAUGGCCUUUUUUUCUCUCUAUAAGAUCAAUUGAACAUCUGUUUGUGAGGUAUCUUACAGUGAAAAAAUGAAUAUGAACAUGGAAUCUCUUAACUUUUGGCAUAAAAUUGUCGUACUAAGUAUAAUCUGGUCAUCUAAAUCACAAGACUAAACAAACAGUCUGGUUUUAAACUAAUACAGAAUAACGCAAACGUUUCAAGUUGCAAUGAUCAGGAUGAAUUUUGGAGCAUACCUCUCGGCAUAAUUGUUGCGGUUUAGCAAGAUUCCUGGGACGUCAGAUGUGAUUAGCUUUCUUGAGGUCACGCCACCACAUCUCGAUUGAGUUGAAGUCUGAACUUUGAUCACCCCAGAACAUAUAAUGUCUGCUUCUGAUAGCAUUCUGCUGUUGAUUUACUUCUGUUUUGACUAAUUGUCCUAUUGCAACGACCAUCCUCUUUUGAGCUUCAACUUUUGAACAGAUGGCCUCAAGUUUUUAAAAUGUCUUUAGAAACGUGUGAAUUCGUUUUUAUAUCUAUAGCCAUUUGCAUAUGGCAAAAUUAAAAUGGUGCUUUUAAGAACA